AUGGCCGCACGCCACGGCGGCACCAUCGCUCUGGAGCAGAACGGUGUGGUACCCUCCAGCUGCGCUCGUCUGCGAGGGCCCGCCCGCCGCGGCAGUGCUCGGGGGCGCUUGGGGCUCGGGCUGCAGCUGCCGCGGCGACGAAGCGCCCCGUAUCCCGGCGCGGAGAGAGAGAGGGCGCAAAAGGAUUUGUUGGAUACCACCACCCCCGACGCCUCGAGCCCAACGUGCUUCCGCUUUGGGCCCGAAGUCCCUGCGUGUCUGGCCCUCCACACGAAAGAUGCGAGCAGAAACAGCAGCUCCUGGUGA